CCUACCACAACUAGUACCAUGCAGACUGGCAUUGUGACGGAGUCCGGCUCAGAGCCAAUAUACACUAUUUUCCAAGCUAAGCUGCGUUCACCUGCGGCAUUUUGUGGGACCAGCUGUCAGCCUUCGAUCUGAUUUGCUGGAUAUAUAACCGUGCGAGAAUCGAAGAAAGUAAUGAGUAAUGACAGAAAAUCGGACGUCCCCAAGGCCAUGGAUCAGGCUGCUGGAUACCUCGCCCAAAGCGUAACAUAUCCACCGAUGUCAGCUAGGGAUGAGAAGAAGUUAUUGCGCAAGCUUGAUUGGGUUCUCAUCCCCAUGGCGCAGUGGAUAAAGUCGCCCUCAGCACCGCUGCGAUUUACGGACUGGAAAGAGGUAGCAAUACCAGGUCUUGUUGAGAUGAAUCUGACCACCAGCCAGAUCUUCACCUUGUCGGCCAGCAGUAUUCCUGGGCCGGAUCGAUAUUAUCGAUUGGUAAAUUGGGGCGGGCUGAUGGCGUUGAGGUUUUGUAUGGGCUGCCUCGAAGCGAUUAUCGUCCCAUCGAUCAGCUUAAUAAUCGCGGGUUUCUACAAGAAAUCGGAACAACCUCCGCGGAAUGCGAUCGUCUUCGCUGCCUUGAGCUCUAUGAUCAACGGCUUUCUCUCCUGGGUGGUAGGACAUAUUCCAAAUUCGACGUCACUGGCUAUAUGGCAAUACCUAUAUUUGAUUGUAGGAUCCAUCUCCGCUAUGUGGUGUAUAAUAGCGAUCAUAUUCCUACCAGACUCUCCUAUGAACGCCUUUUUCCUGACUGAUCAGGAGAAGUACUACGCAGUUCAACGCCUGGCAGAUAACAAGACAGGUAUCGUCAAUAAGACAUGGAAAUGGGACCAGGCUUUGGAAGCUGCCAUGGACCCUAAGACUUGGAUUCUUUUCUUUUUCAACAUAUCCAUAAAUAUCCCAAAUGGAGUAAAUUAA